AUGGGGGGGAAGCGGGGGCUGCUCCUGGCGCUGCUCCUGCUCCCAGGGCUCGCCGGGGGGUUCAACAUCGACGUGGGGCGGCCGAGGCUCUUCCAGGGGCCACCAGAGUCCCAGUUUGGCUACCGGGUGCUGCAGCGGGGGGGCCACGGGGACAGGUGGCUCCUGGUGGGGGCCCCGUGGGACGGCGAUGGCCGAGGUGACGUCUACAAGUGCCACAUGGGAGCCCAGAACUCCUCCUGUGCCAAGGCCAACCUCGGCGCUGCCGUGCCGUGGCUCAGCAGCAGCCCCGGCCACCUCGGCAUGACGCUGGCAGACUCCGAGGACGGCGGGGUCGUGGCGUGUGCCCCGCUGUGGUCGCAGGAAUGUGGCACCUCCGUGUUCAGCACCGGCCGCUGCCUCCAGCUGGACCGGGAGCUCCGGCCCGUGGGCACCGUGGCGCCCACAGCCCAGCGCUGCCCCACCUUCAUGGACAUCGUCGUGCUGCUGGACGGCUCCAACAGCAUCUACCCCUGGGAGGAGGUGCAGGCGUUCCUGGGCAACAUCCUGCGCCGCUUCUUCGUCGGGCCCGGGCAGACCCAGGUGGGGGUGCUGCAGUACGGGGAGCACGUGGUGCAGGAGUGGGCGCUGGGGCAGCACCCCACGGCCCAGAGGCUGCUGGAGGCCGCGCGGAACCUGACGCGGCAGGAGGGGAGGGAGACCAGGACGGCCAUGGCCAUCCGGGAGGCAUGCACCCAGUCGUUCAGCGCGGCGCGGGGCGGGCGCCCGGGCGCGGCGCGGCUGCUGCUGGUGGUGACGGACGGCGAGUCCCACGACGGCGACGAGCUGCCCGCCGCGCUGGCCGAGUGCGAGCGGCGCAACGUCACCCGCUACGCCAUCGCCGUGCUGGGGCACUACCUGCGGCGGCAGCAGGAUCCCCAGGAUUUCAUCCGGGAGAUCAAGUCCAUCGCCAGCGACCCCGACGAGAAGUAUUUCUUCAACGUCACGGAUGAGGCUGCCCUCAGCGACAUCGUGGACGCUCUGGGGGAUCGGAUCUUCAGCCUGGAAGGCACCCACGGCGACAACGAGAGCGCCUUCGAGCUGGAGAUGUCCCAGAUCGGCUUCUCCAUCCACCACCUCGAGGACGGGAUGCUCUUUGGGAUGGUGGGAGCCCACGCCUGGGAGGGAGGAGUGCUGGAGGAGCGGCGGCGCGGGCGCGUGGUGCCGGCGCGCGAGGCCUUCCAGGAGGAAUUCCCGCUGCGGCUCAGGAACCACGCGGCCUACCUGGGGUACUCGGUGUCCUCGCUGCAGCUGCCGGGGGGGCAGCGCCUGUUGGUGGCCGGUGCCCCCCGCUUCCAGCACAAGGGCAAGGUCGUCCUGUUCCAGCUGGACCCCUCGGGCGCCGUGACGGUGGCCCAGGCGCUGGUGGGGGACCAGAUCGGCUCCUACUUCGGCAGCGAGGUGCUGGCCCUGGACCUGGAGGGAGAUGGGGACAGCGAGCUGCUGCUGGUGGCAGCGCCCUCCUACCUGGGGGGGCAGGGCUGGGAGCGCGGCAGGGUCUACGUGUACCGGGUGGGGCAGGAGCGCCUGAGCCCCGCGGGGUCGCUGCUCCCCGAGGCGAGGCCGCAGGAUUCCAGGUUCGGGUCCGCGCUGGGCGCCGUGCCCGACCUGGGCCAGGACGGGCUGGCCGGGGCCGUGGUGGGCGCUCCGCUGGAGGACGGGCACCGAGGGGCUCUCUACGUGUUCCACACCGCCCCUGGCACCCUGCUGCCCCGCCAGACGCAGCGCAUCGGGGCGGCCGCGCUGGGCUGGAGCCUGCGCUACUUCGGGGUCAGCGCGGACGGACGGACGGACAUGGACGGGGACGGACUGGUGGACGUGGCCGUGGGGGCGCAGGGGGCGGCCGUGGUGCUGCGGUCCCGCCGGAUCCUGCGCGUGGCCGCGGCCGUGUCGGUGCAGCCGGCGGCCGUCAGCGUCACGCAGAGGAACUGCCGGCGCGGCGGCUCCGGCGCCGUCUGCCUGCGCGCCCGCCUCUGCUUCCGCGGCCACGGCCGCGCCCCCGGAGCCCCCCCGGGCCUGCCUGAGGACCCCGCUCUGCUCCCGGAGCCCUCGCGCUCUCCCCGCGCUCAGCGGGCUCGGGCCGUGCCCCCUGAGCCGCCCGCCGUGGCCGUGCCCCGCAGGUCCCGCCGGAUCCUGCGCGUGGCCGCGGCCGUGUCGGUGCAGCCGGCGGCCGUCAGCGUCACGCAGAGGAACUGCCGGCGCGGCGGCUCCGGCGCCGUCUGCCUGCGCGCCCGCCUCUGCUUCCGCGGCCACGGCCGCGCCCCCGGAGCCCCCCCGGGCCUCACCACCACCCUGCACCGCUACGAGCUUCACCCCCUGGCCCCCCUCACCGCCAGCCCCGGCCCCGAGUUCAGCACCGCAGUCAAGGUGCAGAAUUUGGGGUGCUACCCCCUGGAGAACGUGACCCUGCACAUGGCCCUGCCCGCGCUGGGCCACGCCGGGGCCACCAUGCUGGCUGUCACCGAGGUGCUGCCUGACAACGCCACCUGCAGGCUGCACCCCCCCGAUAGAGGAGCCCCGGUGGUGCCGGUGCCCCCCGAGGAGAUGCUGAGAACAGAGAGGCUGAUCCCGUUUUUCAAGGACUGCGGCGACGACGACGAGUGCGUCACCGACCUGGUGCUCAAGGCCACCACGGACAUCGUGGGCUCCAGGCAGAGCCCCUACAUCCUGCGGAAGGGCCGGAGGAGGAUGCUGGUGGAGGUGGAGCUGGAGAACCGGCAGGAGAACGCCUACAACGCCAGCCUGUGGCUGCACCUGCCUGGGAACCUCCACUUCUCCAGCCUCGUGCUCCAGCUGGGAUUCUUCUCCCACCCGAAGCCCUCCCGGGAGGAGGAGGAGGAGGAGGACGAAGAGCACUGA